UCAUAAAGUCAUGCUCUUCCACAGGUGGAAUUGGAUAGAAAUAUUAAUAUGCUGAAAGAAAAGGAAGAGGAAUUGGAUGGAAUUCUUGGAAAGUCAGAAAAACAGGAAGAAAUAGAUGUUGAUGAGGCUGUGACACCCACAACUCCUCUCUAUAGGCAGUUGUUCAACCUGUAUGCUGAGGAGAAUGCUACUCAAGAUGCCAUCUACUAUUUGGGAGAAGCACGACGAAGAGGCAUCAUUGAUAUAGAAGUUUUCCUGAAACAUGUGCGUAGUCUUUCUAGACAACAGUUUCGUUGCCGUGCUUUGAUGCAAAAAUGUCGAGAGAAGGCUGGAUUGGCUGGUUUAGUGAGGUACACCAAGAAGAGCAUAAAAGAAAACAUGCCACUGGAAUGGUUGUUUGGGCGUCGAAUGACGCCAGAAGAAAUGCUGCGAAAAAAUCAACGUGCCUUGAAUAAGGCCAUGAGAGAUUUGGACAGGGAGCGCAUGAAGAUGGAAGGUCAGGAGAAGAAGAUUAUUAAUGACAUUAAAAAAAUGGCAAAGGAUGGACAGAUGGAUGCUGUGAAAAUCAUGGCGAAAGACCUGGUAAGGACCCGUCGAUAUGUGAAGAAGUUCAUAUUGAUGAGAGCUAACAUUCAAGCAGUAUCCUUGAAGAUUCAAACCUUGAAGUCUCAGAAUGCCAUGGCACAGGCAAUGAAGGGAGUUACAAAAGCUAUGCAGAACAUGAACAGACAGUUGAAGUUGCCACAGAUUCAGCAGAUCAUGCAAGAAUUUGAGAAGCAGUCUGAGAUAAUGGACAUGAAGGAAGAACUCCUCAACGAUACAAUCGAUGAUGCCAUGGGAGAUGAAGAUGACGAGGAGGAGAGUGAUGCCAUAGUGUCACAGAUUUUGGAUGAACUUGGUCUCCAGCUCACAGAUCAGCUGUCAGGACUUCCACAGGCCUCGAAUUCUCUAAAUCCAGCUGCCAAGGUGCCUGCUGCUGCUGCUGCAGUUGCAGCCGUGCCUGAUGCCGAUGCCGACUUGCAAGCUAGGCUGGACAAUCUUCGUCGAGAGUAAUGAGUCCUGCAAAUCUGUGAUGGGGAGGAAGUCCUUGACUGUGACAAUAUGUGCAGUGUUCAGUGAAGUCUUGAGCAUCCCCUGAAGUUUUUAUCAUCUGUCUUCAGUAACUUGAACAUUCUCUGAUUUUGAAUGUUUACAUUGAAGAACUCUAUUUUCUAUUAUGUAAAUGGAGAUAUAUACCACUAAGUGAACUUUCAAA